AUGGCCACCGAAACAAUUUCACAAACUCAGACUCUCAGGACUAUCUUAAACUACCACCUCGAGCCUGAGCGAGGUGGUGCAGCGGUAUGGUGCCCUGGGACUGUUCGAGAUAAGCGUCGGCCGCACGAACAUCAAGAAGUCACCGUUACCAACAUUCGAGGACAUGAAGCAGAAUUCACGGUUGACAAGCAGGGUUUCCAUGUAGGACCCUUUGAGCCAUCCGUGAACGACGUGGAGGACGAUUCGGAAUUCCGUGGACAAUAUUAUCAAGAUGUCGCAGCAUACGUGAAGAACAUGACUGGCGCAACAAAGGUCCUGCCCGUAGUUCAUAUUGUCCGUCGAAAACAAUGGAACGAAGUGGCGGAUGCCGAGAAGGACUUGCCUGAUGAUGCUCCGGUAACAGCACCCACCAGCAAUCGCUCUGUGCAUAUCGAUCAAUCAUACUUUGGCGCAGAACUGGUCCGAGACAGCAAGUUGGAGGAUAUCCCAGCUGAUGAGGCGGAGAAGCUCAAGAAGGUCCGCUGGGCCAUCAUCAACCUCUGGCGACCUUUCGAUGUCGUGACUCGUGAUAAUAUGGCUCUCUGCGAUGCUCGAACGGUGGAUGAGAAUGACUUGACCGCCGUGUACGCAGACCUCCCCGAGUCACUCCGAAAGGCCAAGACUGGCUACAACUUCGCCGCGAAAUCGCGCUCGGAGGCGUGGGAGGUCAAGGCGAAUCCGGGAUCGCACAAGUGGUAUUAUGCCGCGAACAUAAAGCCCACAGAGGCCUUGCUGAUCAAGCAAUUUGAUUCGAAGAAGCACGGGGUUGCUCGACGGACGCCCCAUUCGGCGUUUUCGUCCGAGGAGGACUAUGGCCCGACGAGGCAGAGUAUUGAGGUCAGAUGUCUGGUUUUCUGGAAAGAUCAGCCGCAAGAGUGA